GCGGCGGCGGCGGCGGCGCUGGGCCGGGAGGCGGCCUUCGUGGAGGUGGUGCUCUUCGAGUCCAGCCCCGGAGGCGACUACACCACCUACACCACGGGGCUGCAGGGCCGCUUCUCCCGCGCCGGGGCCACGCUCAGCGCCGAGGGCGAGAUCGUGCAGAUGCAUCCAUUGGGACUCUGCAACAGCAAUGAUGAAGAAGACUUAUAUGAAUACGGCUGGGUUGGAGUUGUGAAGUUAGAGCAGCCUGACCUGGAACCCAAACCCUGCCUCACUGUUCUGGGCAAGGCCAAGCGGGCAGUUCAACGAGGAGCCACAGCUGUCAUUUUUGAUGUGUCCGAAAACCCAGAUGCCAUUGAUCAGUUAAAUCAGGGCUUGGAGGACCCACUGAAAAGACCAGUUGUUUAUGUGAAAGGGGCAGAUGCAGUCAAGCUGAUGAACAUUGUUAACAAGCAGAAAGUGGCGCGGGCCAGGAUCCAGCACCGUCCACCACCACAACCCACGGAAUACUUUGACAUGGGGAUUUUCCUUGCCUUUUUUGUGGUGGUCUCUCUGGUUUGCCUGGUUCUUCUCAUCAAGAUCAAAUUGAAGCAGCGUCGCAGCCAGAGCUCCAUGAAUAGGCUGGCUGUACAGGCGCUGGAAAAGAUGGAGACUCGGAAGUUCACGUCCAAGCUGAAGGGGCCCUGCGAAGGCAGCUGCGGUGCCCUGGACACCCUCAGCAGUGGGUCCACCUCGGACUGCGCCAUUUGCCUUGAGAAGUACAUGGAUGGGGAGGAGCUGCGGGUGAUUCCCUGUGCCCACCGGUUCCACAGGAAGUGUGUGGAUCCUUGGCUUCUGCAGCAUCACACCUGCCCCCACUGCCGUCACAACAUCAUUGAGCAAAAGAAGGGAAACUCCAGCCUGGUGUGUGAGGAGAUGGCCAACCCGUUACACAGCCGGCAGCAGCAGCAGCAGCAGCAGCAGCGUGUGAUUGUGCCAGUCCACUUCCCCGGCCGAGCACACAGAGGGGGUCACGUCACUGCCUACCCCACGCGCACCAGCAUGGACCCCCAGGGGAAUCCCAUUACUGUCUUGACGGUCGAUCGGCAUGGAGAGGCGCCAGCCUUCUUCCGGAGCUACCCGCCCAUUCUGCACCUGGAGCCCCACCUUGGCACAGCCGAGCGCCAGUCCUGCCCAAUGCCUCACCCUUUUCAGAGGCCAAAGUUCAGCGGGGACCCUUUCUCCAAACCGGCUUGCUUCUCCCAGUACGAGACUAUAUUUCAGCACUACUACUUCCAAGGCCUUAGCUACCCUGAGCCACUACAGAGUGGUCAGUUCCCCCUCCACGUGGCUGCCAAGGCUCCCUCCCGUGCCUUCCAGCCUCUCGGCAGCCACAGGCUCUUCUCCCCUGCAGUCCACAUUGCCCCUUCUGCCCAGACAGACAGUGGCAGUGCUUCUGGCUUCGGCUGCUACCACAGCCACCGCUCAGUCUGCAGCGGCUACCUGGCCGAUGGCCCCGGUAGUGACAGCAGCAGCAGCGGGCGCUCUGCCCGGUGCCACUGCUCCUCCAGUGACUCCAUGGUGGACUGCACAGAGGUCAGCAACCAGGGGAUCUACGGGAGUUGCUCCACCUUCCGCAGCUCGCUGAGCAGUGACUACGACCCCUACAUCUACCGUAGCAAAAGCCCCUGCCGGGGUGGGGAAAAAAGCAGGGUCCUGCGUGGGGAGGUGAUGGUUCUGGAAGGUUCCUCUGCACUGCACCCGGUGGCAGGCAAGAGCCAGUCUGGGCCAGCCGCCGCCUCAGGGGACCAGUUGUCUGACUGCAGCCUUGAAAUGAAUUGUAGCAGCAGCAGCAGCAGCAGCAGCAGCAGCCGUUCUUCGCUGGAGCAGAAGGAGCUCUCUGAGCAAGAAGGCCCCCGAGUGCUCUCCGAGACCACUGGAGAGACCGGUCAGACUGGGAGGGAGCCUUCUGAGCGAGCAUGUGGCUGCUGCUUGGAAGUACAUGCUGCCCCAUGGGAAUUGCCAAGUAGGGCAGCUGGUGGCAGCAGCAGCAGCACGCUGCUUCAAGCCAUGCCACUUUGGACAGGGGGUGGCUCCUUGCGGGAGCCCCAGCCAAGGAGAAGUCAGGGCCUGGUCAGCGUUAGGACCCAGGGGGGCCCUCGGGAAGCCUUGCCCUGUUGCUUCUAUGAAGAGCAGCGGGUGGCCAACAGUGGCCCCAUCUGGCCAGGCCGUUACACAGAAGACUGUGCAGUGAAUGUUCGAUAUGUGCAUGCGGAGGACCCCUUGCCAGGCUGCUAUCCGAGCCUGCAUGAGGCAGGCCAGUGCAUCGCCAUCAUUCCUGAAGUCCGGGAUUCCGAGCUGGCCCUACCAGUAGAUUGCUACAGCGGCAGCAGCCCUUGGGAGGGGCCAUGUGGAAAGGCAGCCCCCAGCCAGGCCCAGGGGAUGCCCACAAAAGCAUUUUGCGAUCCAGGAGAGAUACGGCAAGAAGGGUCACACCCGCCCAUGGGGGGCUUCCCGCUGGAGGAGUCCCACGGGUUCUUUUCCAGCCCUCCGCAAGGUUGUUUGGAGGCCCUGGCCACUGGAGAAGGCCCUCAAACUUUGGGUAAGUCAGCAGCGCCAUCUUGGCUGGAGGCGGGGUGGGUGGGGCAGGGGGGGAAGGGUGGCGCCUUUGUUCAGCCAAGCUGGUCAAGCGCCUCCUGAGUACUGUAGGGGGCCAAUCUAAGCUCCCUUUGGCCACGUUUGGGCUCCCUUGAGCCUCAGAGCAGCAUCGGCGGCAACGGAGAUGGCCUGCAGAGCAGCCGCUCGCUGGACCGGCACAAGAUCCGAGCUCCGACCUGAAGGGCCUAGAACGGGAUUCUUGGACAAGAUUCAGGACCGGUUUCAUUUUUUCAGGCUCCCGUUCCCCAGGGCGGUGUCAGGCUGGGAACUAAGAAGACGCCGGUCUUGAGGCAACUGUUUUUCUGCUGGACUUCAAAGCCUCCUUUUGCUUGUGUUGACACACGAUAAGAGUGACCCCGAGAAACUGGGGCUGCAUGCUCCAGUCUGUCGUGGAGGGCAUCCUUGGCAGACCACAGCAUCCUCCCCUGCCAUUGCCUGGGGACAAGAGACCCGGUUACGUAGCCUGGUGCCCUCCUUCAGUGCCAGGGAUCCAGCCUGCCUUAGAAAAGAAAUGGCACUUUGAAAUAAACGUUGGAGUCCGAGGGGUGGAGGCCACCUGCCUCUUGUAUGGGAACGCAGACCUCUCCUUAAGCCUGACUGAGACGGGUGGGAAUAAGCCAGAGCGAGGCCGAGUUGCAACAGUGCCUUCUGCCUGCCCCGAUGCAAUCGCCGUGGGCUCUGCUCAAGCCCUGUCCCCCCACCCCAUCCCGCUCGCCAGCCUGCCCUGGGUUGAGACCUUUAGCUGAGGUUCCUCCCAGUCGCCCCUGGGGUACAAGUGUGUCGCCGCUUCCUUCCCCUUGUUAAUAGUUUCCUAUGGAAACAGUCCUUCUGGCUGCUGCAGCCACAGCCACGUGGCCUUCUGUCCUCACGCGGCCGAGACCACGGCCGUUGCCACAGUCAGCAUCUGGGAUGCUGUUCCUUUUCCUCUGUGUGCCUGGCUGGAGAGUUGGGAGGAGGUUUUUUUUGUUUAAAACAGAGAAGGUGCCUGGAUCCCCCCCUCCGAGUUUAAUUUGUUAAUGAGUCAGGAUGAGCAAAGGGUACUUGGCAAACUUUUAAUUUUCUGCCCAGUUUAUGAGAAAGGGGAUUUUAUAACAAAAAUAUUUCAUAAUUAUUAGUUUAUUUUACUCGAGCAACAUGAUGAAAUUCCUUUCUGAGCUUCGAUCCUUCUCAUUCUAACAGUGUGUGCUUGUGACCAUGUUAAUAUUGUCCAUUUUCCGUUCAGUAGCCCUGCCCUUGUGGCUUCUGAUCACGCGGAGGCUCGUUAAGGGUAGGUAGCCUGAAGCAGGAAGCCCUCCUGUCCCACCUUUAUUAAGGCUUCUCUACACUUCAGAAGUCUUUCUUCUCAUCACCAAUAUGUAAAAUACGUUUUACUUCUAUUUCUGCUUCCCUUCCUGAUCAUUUUCUUUCGUGACAGCAGUUUCCAUCUGUUCCACUUCUGUCGUAAGUGUUUUCCAAAGUAUUUUCUAAAGCUUCUGCCCAGUUUAAGUUUUCUCCACAUAAAAUAUUGUAGUCGUUGCAUUUAUGGUUACGGGCAUGAAAUAUCUUCCAGUAGGUGGCGCCAUCUCUCCGAGCAGCACCUCCAGAAGUGAGUUCCUAGGCCUGAAAGGGCCAGAUUCUUACGAUCCCUCCAUCCAGUUGCCUAGUAGUUACUAUAUCAAAAUCGGCUGCCUCACGGAAAAGCUGUUCUGGGGAUUGCGGUUCUUAGAUGUGUUUUCCAGUCCACCUCGGCUGGAGAACAGAGUAUUUUAGCUCGCACGGCGAAGCCCUGCAUCUCAAGAAUUUGUUCUAAGUCGGUGUUCCCUUGUGCAGUUCCUGCUCGGGUUUGCAACCGGAGGGGAGGGAGGGAUUCCUAGACCCUAACCAGCUUUUUCUGGCACAGCUGGUAUUUCUCAAUCCCGAUGGUCUCAGUGCACCGUCCCACCUACCCCACUCAAGUUUAGUAGCCAGCACUUGCUACUUUAGUGCCUUCUCCUACCCUUGAUCCUACCACACAGUUUUUAAGCAGCCCCCACACCCAAGUGUCGGUGCCCAGUCUCCCACAGAUAACCGCAGAAGAAGCUUUUACACGGUUGCAAGUUAUAGCUUCCUGGAUCCAGCGUAGGUGAUAUCCCUGGAAGGGAAGCAGCCUCUUUGUCUGGGGCAGAUCGGUGACGAGCAGCAGAGGCAAAGUCUUCCAAUGUCUGUUUGUGGCUUUGGAGGUUGAAGAUA